AUGGCACUUUUGCUAAUAUUUCUAACGUGGCUGGUCACGUGUCAAGGAGAGCUCACAGAUGAUAUGCAUACUUUUAAUCCUGCGUGUCUUGUAGAGAAUUCAUUCACUUGCCUCAGCGGGGAUUGCAUUCCUCAAGACAACUAUUGCGACGGUAAACGUGACUGUAAAGAUGGAAGCGAUGAGAGUUUUUGCGUACAAACGCACCCUGAUCCGAUGUUCUGCAACGAGACGCAUCAGUUCAUGUGUGGGGAUGGCCUCAAGUGCCUGCCGAGCACCUGGGUGUGCAACAAUGUUACUGAAUGCAACGAUGGUAGCGACGAGGUCAACUGCACAGCGUUCGUGGAACACGAUAACUCAACGUGCAGGGGCUUUCUCUGCGACAAUGGCAAGCGCUGCAUAUCGAGGGUAUGGAUGUGCGACGCCCGCUACGACUGUGAUGACAGCACUGAUGAGGAUGUAAAAACCACAUGUCAUCAUGAGCGUUCGACACUUUACGAUUACACAGAUAAAGAUGCUUGCGAAAAUGGAACCACUCGGCAUCAGUGUUUGGACGAUUCGUAUUGCUUGUUACCAAAGUACAUGUGCGAUGGUAUGAAGGACUGCAGAGAUGGCAGCGAUGAGGGAAAGUUUUGCGAAAUAUGGAAUACUAUGUGUACAAAUACUUCGUGUCCAAAAGAAGCGCGUUGUAAGCCUCAACGUUCGGGAGAACCGACUUGUUUGUGUGGAAUCAACCAACAAUAUAACAGUACCAGCAAAAAGUGCCAGGAGGCUGACUAUUGCUCAGAGGCGAAACCCGUUUGUUCUCAAAAGUGUGAGAAUAAUUUUGGCGCAUACACGUGUUAUUGUGAGGAAGGAUACAUUAGGAAUCCAUUGGGCUACUUAUGCUUUGCUCCGGAUCCAGAAGCGUUAUUAUUCUAUAGUACAAAGAAUGAGAUUCGUUACGUAAAAGUGAAGUCUAAGGAGCAAGUUGUUGUUGUGACAGGAAUUAAGAAGGCUCAUGGUAUAGCCUACGAUGGUAUAUACUUGUACUGGGUGGAGUUAGCUGAAGGUCACCAGGCGAUCAUGAGAGCUCAGCUGCACAACGUUGCUGGAACAAAACAAGUUAUAGCGGCGUUAGGUUUGGAAGAUCCUGGAGAUAUUGCUCUUGACCAUUUUGGAGACAAUAUAUUCAUCAGCGAUACCCAGAGAGGGAUCAUUUCAGUGUGUCGGAUGGAUGGUGCCCGUUGUGCCACACUACCUGCAAAAACUGAAAACCCGAAAUUCGUGACCUUGGAUCAUAAUAAUGGACGAAUGUACUGGGCAGAUUAUCAGGAGAGACCAAUCAUCAUGACAGCUAUGAUGGACGGCACGUAUUCGGAUGUCCUUGUUGACAAUUUAAGUACCUACCCCACCGGCUUGGCCAUCGAUGUUCCCAACGGAAGACUUUACUUCGUCGAUAGAAUCAUUAAAGCUAUUAAAUUGGAUAGUAAAGUGGUUUAUUCAUUCCUAGCGGAGCCCUUCCACCGGCCCUACUCGCUGGCGGUAUUUGAGAACUCGCUGUACUGGGUCGACUGGACGUCGCACACCCUUCAGGUGGCCGACAAAAUACAUUCCUCACAUCGCAACGUGUUGAUUGCGUUAGACCAGGCUGUCUUCGACUUGCACAUCUACCACCCCAUUCUGACGAAAUGGAAUAGGAACACGUGUGACCAUUUGAACUGUGAGAUUUGCCUGCCAGUCUCCAACUUGUCAGUCAGCUGUGCGUGCCCUAACAAAAUAGUGAAGCCCUAUGGUGUUAAAUGCCAAAAUGACCCAGCUCAUCCGCCGAAAUACUUAGUGGUGGGAGCCGGUUCACAGUUCACGCGAAUCCUACUUGACACAAUCGGAAACCCCGAGACACAUGCCACUCAUCUAGACAUCGGCAAGGUGCAAGCCAUGGCUUAUGAUAACCAUAGAGAUACCCUCUACUUAUACGACAGCCAGCGCAAGUCCAUCAACGCUAUCAACAUGAGCGACUUCUCACUCGGCAUCACACGCGUUCUGGUGCACGACUGGCUGGAGAACGUUGUCGAUAUGGAUUAUGAUAGCGCAACCGAUACCCUUUACAUAUUAGACUCAGGCCGUCAUGUCGUACAAGCGAUGUCUAUGAAGACUAAACGUACUGCGAUAAUUUACAACUUCGGUCAUUACGAGUUUGCCAUCAGCUUCUGCUUGCUGCCUGAUUAUGGGAAGAUGCUGGUUGCAACUAUGGAUUUUACGGGUGAAUCUCAUAUUAUUAGGAUUGAUGCCAUAGGAAUGGACGGUAGUGUCAAGGCACCCGCUGUCGAAAAUCUUAUUGGUCCGAAAAUACGUAUCCGCUAUUCUCAGGAAAGGAAUAUCGUUUAUGUGUCUGACGAAGGAAACGGUACUAUUGAAACGAUGCACCCUCUUGGUGCUGGAAGAGAGCUUUUCAGAGAUGUGUUGACGACAAUAGGCAGUAUGGCGAUAACGGAUUUAGAGCUGUUCUGGACUGACAGACAUUCCCCAAAACUAUACUGGGCUGGUGUCCACGAGGCCUCACGUAAUAUACGGAGGAUUGAACUAACAACAUUCCCCAACGACGCGAACCUACAUCUCGUGGCGACGAAGGGCGCGGCGGGUCCGAUCUUGGCCGCUUGCGCGGUUUGCGAGCACGUGUGCCUACAGACACGUCAGUUGAUCAAUGGAAGCGGCGACCCGCGGACUGGCAACGUUACUUGCGCCUGCGCAGCCGGCUUCAAAUUGGUGGAUGGAAAGUGCUUCGAGAUCCUCCGCUGUAACGAAGGCGAGCUGUACUGCCACAGAAGUAAUCAAUGCUUCAAUCAGAGUAAGAAGUGCGAUGGAGUCAACGAUUGCAAGCAUGGGGAAGAUGAGGAGGGUUGUCCUGAUCGCGUAACAGAGCCGCCAUCGAUGUGUCCAGAAGGUCAGACACCCUGCAACGGUAUUUGUAUAACGGAUAAGUUUGGUUGCAAGGGAUUAAAUGGAAGCGUUGACACGUGCUCGGAGCUGGACUUCGAGUGCGUGUCGGGCGACGUGUGCGUGUCGCGCACGGUGACGUGCGACGGGCGCGCCGACUGCCCGGACGCGUCCGACGAGGAGCCCGGCGCCUGCGACACGGCCGCCUGCUACCGCACCGAGUUCAUGUGUGGGUCAGGGAACUGUAUCCCGAAAACGUGGCACUGCGAUGGUGGCCAAGACUGCGAGGACGGUUCUGAUGAAGUCGAUUGCGACACCACUAUAUGUCCAGAACACAUGUUCCAGUGUAGGAACAGCACGUGCAUAGAUUUAUCCAAGCGAUGCGAUGGCAAGUACGACUGUCUGGAGCAGGACGAUGAAGACAACUGCGAUACCUCAGAGUUUGAAAACGUGCUGAGAUGUAUGCCCUGGGAGUAUGUUUGCGAAUACAAUAGGAGCAUCUGCUUGCCCAUGACAGCGCGUUGCAAUCAUAAAGUGGAGUGUCCGGGCGGGACGGACGAGAAUGGCUGCGAAAUGUAUUGCGGCGAGGACAUGAUUCCAUGUAAAAAUGAGAAGAUUUGUUUAGCAACGCAUAGUUUCUGCGAUAAAGUCAAGGACUGCACAGACGGUUACGACGAAAGUGAAGAAGGUUGUGCGAGAGUGAACAAAACCCGGGCGCAUUCAAUACCGCCUGAUACGGAUUGCAGUAAGGGCUACCGCUGCGAUAACAACCAAUGUGUGGAUUGGUCGCGUGUCUGCAACCGUGUUUACGAUUGCAUAGAUCAGUCAGACGAAGAUGGUCUUUGUGAUAAGCCGUGCUCGAAGAUCACGUGCCCGCUGGGCUGCCACGCGAGCCCGCGCGGGCCGCUGUGCGCGUGCGGGCCGGGGCACGCGCCGGAGCACGCGGCGCCGGGCGCCUGCCGCAACGUGGACGAGUGCGUGCACGAGCCCUGCGCGCACGCCUGCCGCGACCUGCCCGGCUCCUUCCUGUGCUCGUGCCACGUCGGCUACGCGCUCAGAACUGACCGUCGCUCCUGCAAGGCGCUCCAAGGCCGUCUCUCCGUCCUCUACGCCAAGAAUAGUUCCGUAUGGUCCAUGACCAGCCACAUCCACCGCCUCCGGUACCAAGAUAAAAAUAAGAAGGUUAUAAGCGAUAUCGCUGUUGAUGUCAGGAGAGGGAAAAUGUAUGUAGCCUCAAACCAGACCGGACAGCUGAUCCAGGUGAACCUUUUUGAUAAGAAAGCACCGACUGUUCGGUUAACAGACAUCGGGAGACCUAGCAAGGUAUCUGUAGAUUGGAUAACAGGCAACGUUUACUUCAACGACGGUCGGGGUCACAUGCGCUUAUGUAACUUCGAUAGUCGACGAUGUGCAAAAAUAAUAAACGUCCCGGCUGCAGCACAGGUAACCGCGUUGGUGGUAGACCUGACGAACUACAAACUAUUCUACUGCGUUAGUGAGCAGUCAGAGGCUGUAGUCAGAUCUGCGACCCUCUCUGGUUCGGAUGUAAGAGACCUUGCGUCUAUCACUUGUUCUGGAUUAGCAGCUGACUCCUUCUCACAUGUUCUGUACGUUGCGAGUGAAGAAAACAUCGUGAAAAUGAACUAUGAUGGGACGAUGAUGCAAACAAUAAUUGGCGGCAACCCCAUAGUCCGCUCUCCUCAUCACCUCGCCUUAUUUGAAGACUACCUCUACCUCUUGAGCGGCACCAACCUCACCCGCUGCUUAAUCUUCGGUCCGAAGACUUGUUCCUCCUACACCCACCUACCCAACGCUACAGGGUUUGUCAUUAAUCAUGCGAGCGCCCAAAGGAACGACACACGCAAUCACUGUGACAGGUUAAAUUGUUCCCAUAUUUGUGUGUUUUCAAAAUAUGGGCCACGGUGUGUUUGUCAUGACGGAGGACCGCCUACUGGCGGAACUUGUUCGCCCAUUCCCACAAGUGACAUACCAAAGUUCUCAGGGCCGUCAGACUCAGAAUCGGGCAGCAAUGUACUGACGGUGGUGUUGGUGGUGUUGUUGGUGGCCUCACUGGUGGUGAUGGGGGUCUACUUGUAUUGGUUGAUGAAACGAGCCACGAGGAGAGAGCCAACUGAAUACUUGCAAGUAAUGUUCCACAACAACCCUGGGUCGUCUGUGGCUGCCCCAACAACUCCAGCUGUAGAAAUAUCUGAAGCUGAAAAUAUGAAUAUGGAUUCAGAAUUUUUAUUUGCGGUUAAAGUUGUGUAUUUAUUUCACAGCUUUUGUGAUUUAAUUUUCAGUGGCUUGGGAGUCCAGUUCAACAAUCCAUUUCUUUCAAACUUCUGGCAGCAGUCCUUCCGCAAGAAACGUAAGCCCUCUGCCACAGGCAGCUCACCGAAUAUCCCCUCGCCCUCGGAAGUUCCCACGGAGACCUCGUCUGAUUUGGAGGAAAUAUCAGCCCAUACACCUCAAAGAAGUGAACAAAGCUAAUUAUUGAUUGUUAUUCUUUGUGAUUAUUCUAUUUUAUUUAUUGAAUUUUUUUUUAGUUAGUUUCAAAUUAUUGUUAAUUUUGAAUAGUUGUCGAAUGUUUCUAAUGAGUUCAUUAUGAAUAUGCAUAAUUUUAACUCUAAUAAUAAUUUAUCUAAUUUUUUAUAUAUAAGUAAUAAAUAGCAUGUUGGUUUUA